CAAGAAAUUGUCAAUGAAAACCAGACCUAGUAGCUUCCAUUUUAAAGGAUUAAAGUGAUAAAAGGAUUUAAAGGAUUAAAUAUGAUAUUCUAUAAGCAAAGAAACUUAGACUGCAGCGAAGCAUCAACUAUCCAGCAAAAUUAAGCUUUAUCUUUCAGGGGAAAGAUGAACAUUCAGUGAAAAGGGGAAUUUUAAUUUAUUUUUGAUGAAAAAACUAGAGCUGAACAAGAAUUAAAUCUUGGCAAAAUAUUUGAGAAACAAAGCUGCAGCAAAAUUACAGGAUGCAACUUGGGCAAAGCCCCAGCAGAAACACCUUAGAUUCAUUACAUGUUAGAUUUUGAGUUAAUUUUUGGUCGUUGCAAAUUCAGAAUUGUUGCCAAAGUUUUUGUAACCUCUAUGUGACCCUAUAUGGGGUCGUGACAUAGAGUUUAAUAAGCUUUGACUUAGAUGGUUAUAAGAGAUUAAUCACCUCACAGGCAACUUCUCUUCAAUUCCCUCUUCUAUAGCUGCCAAAAGGCACUUCUCGUAAUGAUCAUGGUACCUCUCUUUGAACAUUUCUGUGACCCUCUAUUGAUAUAAUGUUUAAGCCCCUUCAUGAUCUAAUACCUAUAUUAGAUCUACCUUUCCAAUUUAUUUUUAAAAUUAUUCCUUUUCGUGUAUUCUCUUAUGGUUUAGCCAAAUCAAUUCAAUCUUGGUAUUUCCUUUUCUACUUUUGUAUAUUUGUCCUUGCUGAACCUAUCCUAGAGAAAUCUUCCUUGUCACCUCUAUCUUUUUAAAAUACUUAUUCUUUCAAGAACUAGUGGCACCUUCUAAUGCUAUGAAUGAAGCCUGUCCUAAUUCCUUUGGCUGAAAUCAGGCCCCCAGAUUUUCUGGAUAUCAUCUUUGCCUUAAUCCCUUUCUAAUUUGUGCUGUACAUAACCAUUUUAUUUUGUUCCAUUAUAACAUCUUUGAUAUUAAAAGAGAAUGCCAUUUUAAAAUUUUUGUAUUAUCCCUAAUUUAUAACAUGGUGAGUCUAGCACAUAGGAGUUGACAAAUAAAGUUGUUCAAUAGAAUUGGAUUUGAAUUGAAUUGUUUAAUUGAAUUGAAUUUUGUACCAUGCAUAUAACUUCAUUGGGGCAGUCUUUCUACAUUCAUAUGGAUUAGGUUUUAGAAAAUCAAUUUAUAAAACAAUUUUAUUCUGAACUGAUGUCAUCGUAUUCUAUUGACUCUGUCAUCACAUUCUGUGCUGUUGCUAUGUUCACUCUUUAUGCUUCUUUAUUACUAUGUGAUUUUGCCCUACUUGUAAAGAAUUUCUUAAACAUAGUUAAUCAAAUAUGGUGGCAUAGGAAAGGAGUCUAAUAUAGUUUCAGUUUCUUUAAGACUAUCAGUAUGGGAAAAUGCUUAAGCUGCUGUUUUUCAGCCAGGGAAUCCAGGAAAGACGCUAAUCAAGAACAAGUUGCUUCUGGUCCCCGUCAUCAUGAAGCUGUCCUUGAUCCUCAGGACAAUAGAUUAUUUAUUUCUUGUAAAGUUACCAGCAGGUCUCUAAAAAAAAGACUCAAGUCUUCUCGUAAAGAAAAAAAUAGUAAUUUAGAAAAGUCUCAUGUAGCUGACUUACCUCCUCCUACAAGUAGAGGUUUAUUUAGCUGUCAAAAACAUUUUGCAUCAGCUUUCCAUCCGAAAACUGAAUCCAGACGUUUUCAAAAGAGAGAAGCCUCUUUGGGAAUAAAAAGAGUUUUUAAUUACUUUCAACCAACAAGUACUACUACUAUUGAUGAAAAAAGUGAAAAUUUUAUUCCUGUUCCAGUAAAGACAACUUUCUCUGUACCUCUAAAAAGUAGUGAAAUUUUAGUUUCUUCUAUGGCUCAGCUAGAUGGAAUUACUUCUGAAGAUGAACUUAGAGCACUGACUCAAUUCCACCCAAUUGAUGAAAUAACCCCUCAUUUGGAUCAUAGUGAAAUUUUGCCUAAAAUUUAUCAAAAUGAAGCCACUACAAGCCACACUCAGACUUUAACUGAAACCAGUACCAGUCAGAAAAAUCCUAACAAACCUAACCGUCGAAGUAUAGUUAACCGGAGUCACCCUAAGAGCAUGGCUAGCACCAUCUUCACCAUGGUUGGGUUGUAUUCUUUCCUUGGGAAAUAUAAAGAGACCAAUGGCAUUUCUCAAAAAGAAGAAUCAUUUGAGGAACCUCAAGAUAACAGCAAAUUAAAUACUCAAGAUAAAAUUCAAGAUUCAUUAGACCCAGGUGGCAAUCAGGGGGGAAAUGCACUUCAUUCCUCUCAAGCUACAAAGAACAAAGGUCACCAUUCAAGAGUGAUUAAUAAACUCAUAUCCAAAAAUACACUGUCCUCUUUGUUCAAGAAAAAGGAAAAGAGAAGUGGCAACUUGAAAAAUCAAAGUACUUCAGUAUCCCAUGGUGAUGAAGAAGUAAAUCCAACAUCUUCUAGGAACAGGUAUGUUACAGCUCAGAGCGACACUGAAAAGGGGCAUUUAUUUGGCCAUAAGGCAAGUAAAAAAACAGCAAAACGAUUGAGCUUACCUGUUCUUAUUGAGAUGGUUGAUGACUUACAUUUAAAAAGUGAUUCUGAUAAACAGAAAGGUUUCGAACUCCUGUGCAACCAUAAAAAUAAGUAUAAAGAUGAAACUGAGUUUAUGUGGAGAUUAGUUAGAGCUUAUGGAGAUAUGUAUGAACUAUCCACAAAUAUGGGAGAAAAGAAAAAAUAUGCUUCUGAUGGAAAAGACCUAGGUGAAAGAGCAGUUUCUCAGGCUCCCAAGAAUGGAUAUUGUCACCUGUGGUAUGGUAAUAUAUGUGGCUUGUUUGCUGAGUGUGGGGGAUUACAAAAUAGAGUCAAAUAUGGCCAUCUAUUUAAGGAACAUAUUGAUAAAGCAUUAGAACUCAUACCUGAUGAGCCCCUAUUAUAUUACCUCAAUGGAAGAUAUUGUUAUUCUGUUUUCAAAUUGAAUUGGAUGGAGAAGAAAAUGGCCUCUACUCUUUUUGGGAUGGUACCAACUUCAAGUAUAGAGGAUGCUUUGAAUAAUUUCCUGAAGGCAGAAGAGUUAAAACCUGGAUAUUCCAAGUACAACUAUGUAUAUUUGGCAAAGUGCUACAAAGAACUUGGAAAUAAAGCAAAGGCUUUGAUGUAUUGUGAUGCUGCUUUGCUAGUUUCUUCUGAUAACAAAAGGGAUCAUGAGGCACAAGUGGAGUUGGAAAAUGUAAUCCUUUCUUUAAAGCAGAUUUAAAAAUACUUCAGCAAAUCAGAUGCAACAACUUUAAAAUACAAAUGAUGAAAAUUCAA